AGGAGCGAAACUACCGUUUUGCCCCCGUAACAGUCCCUCGUUUUGCCUUUUACCCCCUUUCACUUUUUGAAGAUUCCGCAGUCUCGUCGUUUCGUCUUCCCCCCUCUCGUUUCUGCUUCGGUUUCUCUCUCCUCCCUAAACCCUCAGCUUCGAUUCCGCAGGUUGUUGCGCCGGAGUUUUCGGUCGAUUCGGUAAGAAGAUGGGCCAGAUCCAGUACUCUGAGAAGUACUUCGAUGACACUUACGAGUACAGGCAUGUGGUUCUUCCUCCUGAUGUCGCGAAGCUUCUACCGAAGAACCGCCUCCUUUCUGAAAAUGAAUGGCGUGCCAUUGGAGUGCAGCAGAGUCGUGGUUGGGUUCACUAUGCAAUUCAUCGCCCUGAACCACACAUCAUGCUCUUUAGGAGGCCUCUGAAUUAUCAGCAGCAAGAGAACCAGGCCCAGCAAAACGUGCUUGCUAAGUAAACAUGCUGUUUCGCUAGUGCUUUGAAACAAUAUCACAGUAUAUUAGGGUUGCUUUAGUAAGUGUUAGGAUGUUAUGAAACUUGUCUUGUCAGCAAUUCUCCUCUUUGGAGAAUCUAUUGUGAAACUUUGUUUAUUGUGGUGUCAGUGAUCCAAUGUUUGUACUGGCCACUUUGGAACAGCACUUGCUUUUCUUGGCCGGUGUAAUUGGGAAAUGACUGGUGGAUAUCAAGAUGAAUACUUAAUACUGAUUUUGUGUUUUAA